GGAAGUUAGUCAAAGAUCUUUCACCAUUUCUGCUGUCUGCUGCUUGCAGCUUUUGAUUCAUUUUAAAAACACUUCAGUGGAAUGGCAUCGUUUAUGGGGGAGGAAUAAAGAAAGGAAACAUGAACCCCCCAAUUCGAAGUUUGUUAUGCCUACUUCUUCUGGCCUACAGUACUUCAGGUGUCCUUCCUGAGACCAAGUACCCUAGAACACUGCCAUGUGAUGUGACAAAGAAUAAUUCCUCUGUGACUUUUGACUGCAGUUCCCGUCAAUUGAAAUAUGUGCCUCCUGGAACGUAUAGUGAUGUAACAGAAAUCAACCUCUCAGGCAACUUUAUAAAGAAGAUUUCUAAAGAAUCUUUUCAGGGCCUGAAUAACCUGAUGAAAAUAAAUCUAAACAAGAAUCAUUAUUCAAAGGCCAUGGAAAAGGCUGUUGAUCCAUGUGAAAAAGGAAUGGUAAUUGAAGAUGGAGCUUUUGCUAACAUGACCAAGCUGAUGGAAUUAUUAGCAGAUGAAACCCAUUUAUGUAAAAUACCAGCUGGGAUGCCAUUGUCCUUAACAUCACUGAGUUUGAGAUUUAAUGGCUUAUUUUCUCUCAGCCAGCAAAAUUUUUCAGAACUCAUGCAACUGAAAGAGCUCUACUUGGAUAGAAACUGUUUUACCGGCUAUUCCUGUGAAAGACCUUUCCUCGCAGAACCCACGGCUUUUUCAGGCCUCUCUGCUUUGACUGUGCUGUCACUCUCUCUCAACAACCUAUCCCAAGUUCCAAGCCAGCUACCCUCAUCACUAAAAGAACUUUAUCUCAGCAGCAAUAAGAUAAAAACGGUUAAUCAUUAUGAUUUUCAAAACCUGUCCAACAUAGAAGUCCUUGACCUAAGUGGAAACUGCCCAAGGUGCUUCAAUGCCCCUUUUCCAUGUGAUCCUUGCCCUGGAGAUUCCUCCAUUCAAAUACACCCUCUUGCUUUCCAGUAUCUGGCAAACUUACGGAACCUAAGUCUCUCCUGUACUUCCCUCACUCAUAUACCUUCCAGCUGGUUUUAUAACACGUCACAGUUAAAGGUUUUGAAUCUUGGUUUUAACUACUUGCUAAAGGAAAUAGCUUUAGGGGAAUUUUUAGUCCAACUACCUCACUUGGAGGUGCUUGACUUAUCCUUUAAUUAUGCAAGACAAGCAUACCCCAAGUAUAUAAAUAUUUCUGACAAUUUUGCUAACUUGGUCCGUCUCCAACAACUGCAUAUACGAGGUUAUGUAUUCCAGGACCUUACACAUGAACACCUGCAGCCUCUUAUAAAACUUACAAAUCUACACACCCUCAAUUUUGGGGUCAACUUUAUCAAGCAGAUUGACCUCAGGGUAUUCCAGCUCUUUGUUAAUCUGACUUUGAUUUCUUUGUCCAACAACAGAAUAUCACCAUUAUCAGAGGGCAGCAACAACAGUGACAUUCAUGGGACAUCAUUAGGAAAUCAUGUCAUUCGACAUCGUUCAACAGAUACUUAUCUUGACCCAUCAGCAAAUAAUAUGCUAGAGUCUGGAGGUACAUCCAGUAGUUAUAAGUCUGCUCCUAUUUUUCCUUUAAUCAGACCUCAGUGCAGCAUGUAUGGUAAAGCACUAGAUUUAAGUUUGAACAGUGUUUUCUUCAUUGCUCAACAACAAUUUAAAGGUUUCCAUGAUGUAGCCUGUUUGAAUUUGUCUUCAAAUGGCAUUGGCCAAGCUUUGAAUGGCACUGAAUUUAUCUUCCUCCCUAAUCUCAAAUAUUUAGAUUUGUCUUUUAAUAAACUUGAUUUGGCUUAUAGUUAUGCAUUUCAUGAAUUACAGAAUUUAGAGGUACUGGACCUCAGCUAUAAUAAACACUAUUUUAUUGUGUCAGGGAUAACCCAUAGACUGGUAUUUCUUCAAAAUCUUAUGCAUCUAAAAGUUUUAAACUUAAGUUACAAUGAAAUUUCCACACUAACAGAACCUAAACUAAUCAGCAGUUCACUGGAAGAAUUGGUGUUCAAAGGAAAUCGCCUUGAUAUUUUAUGGAAAAAUGGAGACAAAAGAUAUAGAUGCUUUUUUAAAGAACUCAGCAAACUAACUCAUCUUGAUAUAUCCUUCAACAGACUUAAAAGUAUUCCUAAAAAGGCAUUCCAUUGUCUUCCACAGAGCCUAAUUGAACUACGCAUAAACAAUAAUGAAUUACAGCACUUUGACUGGAAAGCCCUGAAACAAUUUCAGAAUCUCAAAUUACUAGAUGUGAGCAGAAAUUUAUUGUCUUUUAUAAAUGACAGCCUUGCCAGCUGCACAUCCUCUCUUCAGACACUUCUGCUUCAAUAUAAUAAGAUUGCUCAGCUACCUGAUGGAUUUCUUUUUAAAGCCAGCAGCCUUUUACAUCUGGAUGUAGGUUACAACAGACUUCAUUCCAUAAACCAAUCAACAUUUCUGUCAAAUGAUUUAAAUUAUUUAGUCUUGUUGAACUUAAAGGGGAACCCUUUUGAAUGCACUUGUGCAAUUGUUGGUUUCAUUAACUGGAUACAUUUAAACAUUAAUGUCAGCAUACCGCGACUGGCAACAGAUGUCAUUUGUGCAACACCUGGAGAUCAAACAGGAAACAGCAUUAUAAGUUUAGAUCGACAUACCUGUACUUUGGAUAUAGCUGCACUAAUAUGCUUUUCGUUAUCAUUCAUUAUUAUUUUCACUGUUAUGGUAAUGGCUAUCACAAAACAUUUAUUUUAUUGGGAUGCUUGGUACACAUAUUAUUAUUGUGCUGCCAGACUGAAAGGGUACAGGUCCAUAAUCACAGAAAAAGCUCUUUAUGAUGCUUACAUUGCCUAUGAUACUAAGGAUGUAGCGGUAACUGACUGGGUAAUAAAUGAAUUACGAAUUCACUUAGAAGAAAGUAAGGACAAGCAAGUUCUGCUUUGUUUGGAGGAAAGAGACUGGGAGCCGGGAAAAGCCGUCAUUGACAACCUUGCACAGAGCAUCCAGUGCAGCAGGAAGACAAUAUUUGUCCUGACAGAAAGGUAUGUAAAGAAUGGGAACUUCAGAACAGCUUUUUACAUUGCCCUGCAGAGACUAAUGGAUGAGAACCUGGACGUGAUUGUGUUUAUUCUGCUGGAGCCAGUGUUACAGCACUCCCAGUAUCUGCGACUGAGGAGGAGGAUUUGCAGGAGUUCAAUUCUUGAGUGGCCAAAGAAUCCACAAGCUCAAUGCCUUUUCUGGCAGAGCCUAAAAAAUGUGUUGCUCACAGAAAAUUAUAACCGGUAUAACAGACUGUACACAGACUCCAUUAAAUGAUAGCAUAGAGAAAAAAAAUAUGCAAAUAUCUGUGUCUUUAUCAAGAAAUAAUCAGUUUUCAAAUCUAGUCAAAAUACCAUCAUUUAAAGUGUUGGCUUUGAACUGAAGUGUCUGAGAAACUUUGAAGACAGAUGUUACCUACUUUAGCCUGGUUUUAUAAAAGGUAUGGUAUUACUAGACUUGGGAAGAUCGUAUAAAGAGAGUCAUAUUAAUAAUUUGCAGAAAUUUUGUCUUCAUAUCUGUCAGUUGUCAUCAAAAAAGUAGUUAGCGACUAUAGAUUCUAUUUUU